ACUCUCAUUUCCUGGUACAGCCGGCGGAGGCUCGACUUCAUCCAAACACCACUGACUGAGCGUCCCUGUCGGCUGUUGUCAUUCUCUCUCCGGUGGCUCUAAACUAUUAGGCGAUGAUGUCCCGACAUGCUGCAUUUGUUUUGCUCCUCGCCUUUGGAGCAGUGUUCCAGUUGUCUUGUGGCAUUGAGGUGAAUGUCACAAAAGAAGACAAAUUAUGCCUCUAUGCCAAUCUGAUGCUCAACUUCUCAGUCUCCUAUGAAGUAGCUGACAAUAAGAAUCAAACGGCUGUGUUUGAACUCCCUGCUAACGCCACAGCAGAUGGAAGUGCAUGUGACAACACAACGUCAAUGCUGAAGCUUGAUUUUGAAGGACACUCUUGGAGCAUGACCUUCACCACAGAUGGGAAAAAUUACCAGGCAGCCAUCGUCACCUUUUCUUACAACCUCAGCGACUCAAAAUUGUUCCCCAAUUCUGUGUCAAAUGAAACUAAAACUGUGAUCGUGAAGCCUCAAAUGAAAGAUGUAGGCAUUGACACCUGCUACUCCUGCCACAGCAAAGACACGAUCGAAGCUGAUUCGGUCAAUAUGACGCUGUGGAACGUGCUCAUACAGGCUUUUGUCAUUAAUGGCAGCAAGAGUGAGAACUUAACCAUUUGUGAAGCCGAUACUCCUAUGACUACUGUUGCCCCCACUACUGCCCCUCGUCCUACUAGCACCACCCCGGCACCCACCCUGCCCACACCCACCACUGGGAAGUACAGCUACAAGCCUGAUGAGAAUAGCACAGCCUGCCUGUUGGCCAACUUUGGCUUGCGAAUUGGAGUCAAGCAAGGAGACAAAUUGGAGGAGAUGAACUUCGAACCGAACGGGACCCAAAUCUCUGGAUCAUGUGGACUCAACAGCAGCGAGCUUAAGUUGGUGUCCAGCUCAAUCACCAUCGAGUUCACCUUCACCAAUGACACAAAGAAAUUUCGCCUACAUGCUCUGAAUGUCACCGGAAAGACGAGCUCUGGUUUGAUGUUUACUGAGGCCAACAACAACAUGAGUCUGUGGGAGGCAACACUUGGCAGCUCCUACAUGUGCAACAAGGAGCAGAACUUCACCAUCGCCAGCCUGGUCACCAUCUACACCUUCAAUGUACAAGUGCAGCCUUUUGGAGUCAAGAAGGGUCUUUUCAGUACAGCCCAUGAAUGUUCAUUGGAUGACACCAGCAUCUUAAUCCCAAUCAUUGUUGGCGCUGCUCUGGCUGGCUUGAUUCUAAUUGUAGUGAUCGCUUACGUGAUUGGUCGAAGAAAGACAUAUGUUGGAUAUCAGACCCUUUAAAUCCAGUUUGCAGAGUCGAUCCUGAAUCAUCAUGGGGUUCCCAAGCCUGGUCCUUGGGAUUCAUUUAUAGAUGUUUAAUUGGCAAACAACUUAAAAAAUGAAAAUCUAAAAUAAAGCCUCUAAUGCAAAGACAUGAGAAGUCACUUUAUAAAAUGACAGCUUUCAGAAGAUUAGAUUUAACUGUCCUUUGAUAUUGGAGUUAUUGAUCACAAUGAUACAUGAAUGGUGGUGGUGAUCAUUCGUGAUAUUUAAUAAGAAGAGUAAAAUGGAGAGUGUGUGUUCUUCUCAAGGACCAAACUUGUCUACCCCCAGUGUUUGUGUUUUUUUUUUUUUUUGGUUUGUUUGUUUUUCGUUGGAUGUCCUGUCUUUCCCUUUUGUUGUGCUUUUUGUUAAUGGGCAAGUGCAAGAUCCAUAUCUUUAAAAUUAAAGUUAUAAUUGCAGUUGCAUGAAAGGUGCCAUCGUGCCCAGCACAACUGACAUCUGCUAAAGCCACCAAACAUAAAUUUUUCACACAUUUUUUUUGCACAAAAUGCUAUGAUUUCAUUAGUUGUUGCUGUGGGAUCCUGCACUUGCUCAGCAAACAUUCCCUUAUUGUUUGCUUUUAUUAUUUCUUAAUCUUUGAACACAUUUAUGAUUUGACUUUUAUUCCCCAUAAUUAUUAAGACCCAUAUGAAUGAUCAUUUCCACAGCACAAAAUCGAAGUCAGAUAGUCAAGAAGCUUUCUUUCUUUGUUCCUAGAAAUUCCUUAACAUGGAUGAAUGUCUCCUCCAUUUGAAAAGUUGUCUAUAGAAACAUGCUUUAGCCCUUGUUUAACCCUGUAGAGCAGGAGAAACAUUGGAAUUUUGUCCUGAUUCUGUGGCUCUAAUCAUAUUUGGAAUGUGAAAUCAGAUGUAUAUUGUCUAAUAGACCUUUGAUAAAGACAUCCUAACCUGUUGAGCAGUAAACGCCCACAUGGAACUAAUGACUCUAGUAGUGGCUCAUUUACCGUGAACUGACACAUCUGCACCAGAUGAAGCCACUGAUGGUGUUAUUAAUUACACCUGUGUGUUUCCUGCUUUUACAUUUGCACAGUCAGAAUAAAUCUGAGAAGAAAUGUCUGCUGGUUUUUCUCACAGAAUACAUUUUGGCAUUAGGUUUAGAAAAGGGAUAGUACUAUUUUGUGGAUAUUCUCGUUCAGCACAGAUCAUUCUGAAACGAGGAUAUUUACAUUUAAAUGCACUAAGACACUACGUUUUGCUUGUGUUUAGACUGUUGUCGCAUUAAAUUACCUGUGUAAAGGUCUGGGCUUGGCCUGAACUGCAGCUGGAUCAGGGGACGUUAAAGCCCCUGAAAACCCUAAACAAUUGGAGCUCAAGUUUAGAAGAAAAUAUCCCAGAUAGUUCAAAACAGGAUAGUUUGACAUAUUGGGGAAUGUUUUGCUUUUAUGAGUAAAGUUGGAUGAGGAAAUUGUUGUUAUUCUCAGUGGAGUGUUCUCAAUGUAAAGCUGCAGCCAGGAGCUGCUUAGCUUAGCUUAGCUUAGCUUAGCAUAGCACAAAGACUGGAAACAAGGGUUAACUUUAGGCUGACUCUUUUCAAUCAGCCUAUUUUUGCCACUGUGCUCACCAGUUACUAUGUUAAUAUCUUGAUUUGUUUAAUUUGUACAACCAACUUUCAACAAAAAGAUGGAAAAAAAAGUAUGUGCAGUUCCCAGUUUGUCAAACUAUUCCUGUGAAAGCUCAACUAAAUCUGCCUCUUUAGGACCAUGUGACAGGGUAUUAAUCAGAUUUCCACACCUGUCAGCAGAUUGUGAUUUACUGAUGAUUGUUGCACCUAAAUGUGUGAUAUAAUCUGAAGUAAAGUGGACAAAACUAUUGGCAGACCUAUUAGUUUUCAUGUAGUAAGUCAGUAAAGAGGUUUUCAGGUCCUUUUGAGUCAGAAAAUCCGAGCAGGUUGCAGCGAGGCGUCAUCAGGGACGGCGAGCCCCAGAACGUGUACUUUUGUAAUGAUAGAAAGCUGGUGUGACUUGGCGGUAGCUCUAUAUCACUGCUUAAUUCCUGCAGAGCACUGUGUACUGUUGGCUUGAGCUCUUUGCAAUGUCAGAUGUUUGCUUUUUGUAAGUUGCUCAUAAAAUUAGGUUUCGCAGGAUAUUGUACAUGUGUUUGAGUUCAAAAUGAGCUUUGAUUUUUUUUUGCUUGUGAUUGUUGCUGCCUUGUGUAUUUCAGCUUUGUACAAACUCAGUUGCCUUAAUUUUCAAGAUGGUUUCGCAGCACAAGUGUAGGGAGUUUUGUUAGAGAUUUUCUCAUGGAAAGUAUCCCUUGUCCUCAAUAAGUCAUCUAACAGCUUUACGAUCAUGACAAAUGGGCUUCGUUCAAAGGUAACUUUCUGUUUUGUACCUUUUUAAUAACUCACUGAUAACUGGGUGUGAUUGGGCUCACUUUAUAUUUCCCCUCCGCUAGUAGAGAACAACACGUUCAGCAAAGAGAAUCUGUGCUGCAAGACCAUCUCAGUUAAUGUGUGUUAUGUGGAUACAAAUUACUGCUGAUUCAGUUUGCAUUCUCUCAAGCUGUUAGCUGUAAUAAACUGGAUUUCAAAUUGUGUAAGUGGAGCUUUUUUAGUACUGUAAGAUCUAUGGAAAUAAAAAAAAAACAUGUUGCUGUCCUUGA